GAACGUUUUCGAUUAUAAUAUUAAAUGUAUUUUCUGUGAAUUAUUUUGAAGGUGAUAAUAGCCAAAGUGACCACCAGCGAACGCGGCACACAUACGUGUAAACAAGAUGAUAUUGAUAAUAAAAUCUAAUAUAUUUGGAAUUUGUCGUUUCCUGUGGAUUCAUGCAAUGGCAGGAAUCACAAACGUAGCCAGUAAUUUAAAUAAAUAAAUAAAAAAGAGCCACAAAUCAAAUUGAGAUUAGUGUAUAAGAGGAACUUCCGGUCACGUGUCCACUACAGUAUGAUCAUGUGACCUUUUUUGGUAAAAUGAAAGCUGGUAACGGCCAGCUUGUUUUGAUCAUUUAUUUGUGUUUCUGUCCGAGCCAGCAACUUAACGAACUGCAGGUUUGUAGUCAGUGUAGCGGCACCGUACUAGAUGGCUCUGCAGUGGGUCUGUUUUGCUUCUUGUCCGCUGGCCGGAUCGCUGGACGCUGCUGCGUGGGUAAUGAAACGAGUGACCCUGGACGCGUCAUCGGACAUCUGCUACAAGGUUUUUCCUCCAUAUACAUGUGUACGGCUGGAUCUCUCCAAUUGUUCCCUAAACCACGUGGGGUAUCUCCAGGAAGCAUCUACAGCUUUAAUAAUAGAUCUCUCACUAAACACUAUUGUCAACAUCAGUGACUCAGCUUUUCAAGGAUUUAUUGAUUUGAAGAACUUGAUUUUGCCUGCAGACAUAGCAUGUCCUGGUGGGAAUACCUCCUGGGAAAAAGUGGAACUUACAAAGGGAAAUCGUCUUUGUGAAGGCCAGAAGAAUAUGUGCAACCAAACAGGGCAGAUGUCCGUCAAUUGCCCGGAGUACUCCCAGUGCGGUCCCUUUGGUCCUGGCUUUGUCGAGUGCCGUUGCGCAGACAACUACCACGGGUACAAGUGCCUCAGAGAAGGAGAAUUCCCGGCCUUGCAGGUAUUUGGGCCUCUGGGUGCAUCCACACUGGUGCUUUCCCUCCUGCUGUGGGUUACGCAGAGACGAAAGGCUAAGUCGUUAUAGCCUCUUUUUUUUUUACGUCCUACAAUCUACUGAGUAAGCUCAGCGGGAAUAUACCGUCACAUCGCCUCAGUGUUUAACAUCUUGCAUUAUGUCCAUUUUUUUUAGGUUUUUAGGUGAACUAGUUUUAUUGUAACCACGCAGUGUUUUAAAUGUGGUAUCUUUUUGGAUCAUAACCACUAAUUAUCUGCCUUUACACCUAAGCUCUAUUUAUUUUUUUAAGAAUAUACAUUUUUUUGUAUACUAGUAAUCUAUCACAAGUGGGGUAAAAAAAUCUGCCAAUGAUGCUAUAAUAAA